AUGGCAAAAGCCGCUCACGAUUACCUACCCAUCCCUGCGGCAGAGGUCGGGAUUGAACGCGAGUUCAGCAAUUCUCGAGAUGUCUUGGGUCUCCAAAGGCACCGUCUGAACGCGGAGACUAUGCGAUGGCUGAUGCUAUUGAGAGGAAAGCCCCAGACAGAACUUUCCAGUGGCGCCUGCAUGUAA